AUGGAGAAAGGAAUUGGAUUAACCAAAUACAACCAUUCAAAAACAGAGAUUAACGAAACAGUCAAGCUGUCAGCUGGUCAGAUAACUGAAUUAAAUGACAAAAAAUCUGGAAAGGCAAAGAGAAGACUAUUAGGCGUAAAGCAGUAUUAUUUUGUCAGGCAAGUAGCUGGUUUGAUGAAGUUUAACUUACUUUGUCAGAGCCUAUACAUUGUGACUUUGGAGAAUAACUCUUCAGUGUAUCCAUUUGUUCCUGUUUCAGCAGAAAUGGCUCAUUUAGGAAGUGUGAGAAAUUGUGUAGACUGGCUUAACUCCAAUGAGGCUACUAAGAGGAAGAAUGGCAUGAAACAACUUCGUGAUUUGAUGAAUGAUCAAACAAUACUGCAAGAGUUAAACAAUUCAUCAAGUUCCAGUGAUGUUAACUGGACACACAUUUUUAGUUCAGCUCACAGUUUACUCAUAAAAGAAUCAGAAAAAAUUAAGAGUGAGGAGAGAAAAGGAGCACAAAGUUCUGCUGCUGUGUGGAGAAGGAACAGCUUGAAAAAUGACUGUGCUAGUUUGGUAGUUAUUAUUGUGAACAAGGCGAAUCAAGGAGUUCCAAGGAUAAUGUGCUCAGUUUUGAUUACAAGUAUUCUUCAGGUUUUAUCAGACCACUACCUCAGAAAAAAUUACUCUGAUAAAUAUACAGAAAUUGUGAGGAGCAGUUUGCUCCCACGUCAAGAGUAUCGAAGUAAGCUCGGAGAAGAGCAUUGGACAGAUUUAUCAGCAGUUUUCUGGAGGUUAUUUAGAGAGCCACCUCAGCAGCUGGAAAUGUCGGCAAUAGCAGAUGUGCUUGAUGGAAUAGUGAAAUUUGGAUGUGCUCAAUCAUUUAUUGGUCUUAAACUGAAAAAGAAGUUUUCAGUACUUGCUGAAGCAUUUUUGGAUGAUAAUUUUUUGAAAUCAUCAGUUGGAACGCAAGAAGCCUUUCUUCGCCUAGCUACUUCUAUGUGUUUGGAGAUUGGAAAAGAGUGCCGUAUGGCAGUCUGUCACCUUGGUGAAAUGAUAGUUCCUCGUGUUUUACAUCUGUUUGACAAAUUAUCAAAAGAGAAGAAUUUGGUUGUGGAAUUUCUUUUGCUGCAAGUUCGUCUCCAUCACCCAGCUGGAGCCUCAAGAAGUGAUGUUUUGGGUGCUGCAUAUGCCGCGAACUGGGACCUGUGGCACUCACAUUUGAGAUCUAUGUUUGCUCUUGUUGAUUCGGAGUUAUCAUACACACACACUAAAAAACAGAGAGCGACGGUGAUUAGCAAUACAUUUUUACAACUUGCAGUUGAAGUUUGCAAACAGGUAUUUCAUGAACAUUCCAGGUCCAAUUCAAACCAAAGUAUAAAUGUACAUGAACCUACCUGUAGUCCAGUUCUGAAGAAACGGCGCAUUGCAGGAGGGUUAAGAGAUAUAGUAAACAACAUAUCAAAAAUGAAUACUCCAAAAGAAUGCUGGCCAUGGUUGACCUUUUUGAGUGAGUACAUAUCUCAUUAUUGUGAAACAGUAAUGACUGAAGAUUAUGUUUCUCUGCUAACUGUUGUGACUGAUCAGUUAAAUUCUUGCAGAGACACGCUACUAAUGGCACACCUUUGCAGGUGCUGUAGUUCACUUCUUAAAGUUGACAAGAACCUGAGAGAAGAUUUUGUGGACAGUGGGGUUGUUGUUAAGCUGUGGAAAAACAUCCUUGAUGUUGUGCUGAGGAUGGUUGGACUGAAUCAGAAUGAACAAGAAAGCCAUUAUCUUCUGCAGGAGAUGGUAUCUUAUGAUAAAGUCUCAGGUAGUCUUCUAGAUGUACUGGAACUGUAUGUUAAGGGAACACUGAGACAGUCAGACACAGCCCUUAAAACACUUAUUGUCAUUUGCAACCAUAUAAGGCUUCCUGAAAAAAUAAUCAUCAGCCGAAGACCACAUGCUGUCCAUAAUUCUUUAAUUACCUGGUUGCUUCCUGAACAUAAAGAAAUUGAAGUUUUUUCACCGUCUUUGUUAGCCAAUGUUUUAGCUCUGAUCUGUUUCAAACCCAGUGCAGAAAGUGUUAAAUGUGAGCCCAGUAGGGAACAGAUCACUUCAUUUGCGGAAGAGCUAUUUCCGAUAGAGGAGAACUAUUGUAUAACAUCCUUUGAAUCCAGUAUUUGCAAACCUGUUCAUAAAAUAGCAGGACAUGGAUUUAGUUAUGCUACAUCAAGUUCUUUUCGAGCAUCAGUGGAUGAAGAAGCAUUAAGAACAUUGGAAGAAGCACUUGAGAGGAACUGCCAGCAAUUGCUGGAAGAUGUGGUAACUGUUUCUGAAGAAGAGAGAUUGAAACAAAUAACAAAUAUAUUUUCUCAUUGUGAACUUCUAUUGGAACUCUGGUCCUGGAUGAUUAGAUUCAAUACCAUACCAGUUGAUAAAGUGCCAAGCUUUUUUGGAAGAAUUAAAAUAUUGAUAGAAAAACUGAACGACAACUGCACAAAAGAAAUAUUUUGUCAUGAACCAUCUGUAGCAACAAAAUUUAUGCAAAAUUUAAGUCACAUUAUGGAACUCCAACAUCACCAAGCAGUUCAUAAAGAGAUGAGGAGCAUCAUCCCUAAUAAUUUCCUUACUGUCAUCCAUGGUAUUCUAACUACUAAGAAUUUAUGGGGAAUGGCUGUUUGUGGUGAGGAUAAUGAUGAAAGAGAUGAGUUUGCUGUUGAACGUACUUCAAAAAGAGGUGAACAAACAUAUGGUUCUGUUUCAUUAUUUGAUACAGAAACAUUCUCUGAGACAGAGAAAGUGCAGCUGCAUUGUGUAAAAGUGUUGUCAUCUUAUUGCUGUUACCCUGGUGGAACGAUUCUCUCAGAGUGUCAAGAUAAUUGUCUUUCAAAACUGCUCAGUUUAUUUGUAUCAGGUAUUGGUGUAAAUACUGCUGCCACAUUUUACAUGGCUGUUGUAAUUAUGCAGAAAGUUCUGGAGAUGGAUUCAGUGAGGCGACAACACAUUGAUCAAUGCCUUAAAGUUUUGCAGGGCAUGUGCAGAAGCUUUCACCUUGAUUAUGAAGCUGCAGCCUUCAUAAUGAAACUAUUACAAGGAUUGCUCAGAUUUGUACAAGACAUUGGAGAAUCAAGAGACAAAGAAAACACUGUGGCACUUUUGAGAGGACUACAGCUUGUAGUGUGUAAGAAGCAGUAUGGUGCAAAAGUUGUGGCUCAAUACAUACGUUGCUUAGGAGAACUAGCAAAGGUUGACAGCGAUGCAUCAUGGUCAUUGUGGAGGGUUGGAACAAAACUGCCUGGAAGCAUUGUGAGGGAUGAAACACCAAUUGCUGAGGAAAUUCUAUUUUAUGUACAGCAUCCUUUCCAUGAGCUCAGAAUGAUGGCAAUAACAUUCAUACCAACCCUUUUUGGGUCUUUUGAAGAACAAAAAAUUGAAAAACUACAGUGGCAGAGUAACAUGUUUGAAUCUUUGUGCAAGAUUAUCAUGGAAGCUUUUGUUGUUGAGGGAGAGUUAUCAGAGCAAGAACGUAUAGAUGAAAGUGCCAAUCGAACAUCUACAGCUUUACAUUCUGUGGCUGCAUUACUGAUGUCAAACUCAAUUCUAAGGAAGAAAUCACUAUUUUUCUUACUGCAGUUAAUAAGAGAGAAAAAUAUUAGCUUAGAUCUUGUGAAAAAGUCGCUUGCUAUUGCUGGAAAUGCUAUGAACAUAAUAGGCAGUAAGCUUAUUGCUGCAAAUCUAAAAUAUCUCUUCACUCACUGGUGCCUUAGUAAAUACCAAAUACAGGAGUUUCCGUGGCUGUUACUGGAAUGUUCUUCAGAGGCUGACUUUUAUACAACACAUCUUAAAACUAUUGUACCUAUACUAUUUUUCAAUCGAGAUCUAGAUAUCAUUGAAGAACUUUGUUUAAAAGUGGGUAAAGAUCUGAAAUUGGUUACUGAGGUAUGCAGCCCUUACAUAAUUGGACAUCUUCUACCAAUCUUCACCAUGAAAAACAGCAAAGAGAUGUAUAAUUACAAUAUAUUUAAUGCUGAACAGCUUCUGAAGCAGCUUGAAAAAAUACUUUCAGAGGACCAAGUGAAAUGUCUUCUCUCAGAAAAUAUGGAUAUCGUAAUUGUGACAAUAUUUCGCUUACUAUUUGAUGUGGGCGCUGUAACUGCUUUGUGUGGAUACACAUCCAGCUUACCAGAACCAGCUCCUCCCACCAUUAAAUCUCAGCAAAUGUUGGAUACCUUAGAAUAUCUUCAGAAGAACUCACAGGCACCAGAAGUGAAAUUGAUACUGUUCUUGUCAAAAAACAAACCUAGAGUAAUACAGAAGAUAUUACUUCAGCUGGCACUCGAUAUUCAUCAACAGCUGACUUGUGAAGAGAUGAUAAUAUCACUUCAUCGAUAUGCUGCAUUUGCUGACUUGCUGGGAUGUAAUCUAACAGAAAGUUCUCUGAAUGCUUUGUCAACUUUUGUUAUACGAGAAGUUAUCCACCAACUUAUUAACAUCGUGAGACAAGGAUACAAACAAAACCAAGGAGGUUUGUCAAUUGCGGCAUGUAAUUGUCUUUUGCACUUUCUUGAUAAAUGUCUUCCAGUUAAAGCACUGGUUGUAGAAAAGUUUCUUGGAAUGUGCACUAGUGUUCUGGUACCAGUUGUGAAAUCUGAUGGAUAUGUAGCUGCAGAAGCUUGCAGAUUACUUGAAUUUAUAAUAGUGAAAAAUGCUGAGUGUCUCUCAUCAGGAAUCAGACUUUUAGGUCCCUUUCCAGCUCAACCUAAAUUUAACGAGAUUCAGAAAGUAUAUCAGCGGACAGUCUAUGGAGGAAAACAAUAUACAUUGGAGGAAGAAAUAAAAUAUUUCUUGGAAGCUGAAAUGUACUCUAGCUGCCAUGUGGAGAGAUUGAAACAUCUUUAUUUGCAGCUUUCGACAAGAAAGACAGAACUGAGGGAUUUAUACUUGUCGCUUAAAAAUUUAAGAGGAUUUUCAGAAGAUUGUGAGGAAAGCAUUUUACAUCGGUUGCUGUGUGUGCUUGUUGGACUUACAUCUGCAGAAGACAAAGAGGUGCAGCUUGGGGCAUCACGCUGCCUUGGUGAAAUUGGCCCUUCAGAUUUGGCAACACUUGUUCUGCAACCAGAAAAGGAAACUGAUGAAAAUAUUGUACUGACUGAGGACAUCGUUGUGUUGCUUAUUGGCAGUGUAUUAAAGAAACUUUCUGUUGCUUUGGUGGAUGAAAAUAUCAAUGUCGUCAAGGAAACCAGCUCAGCCUUGUAUACAAUGUUAGCAUCAAAGGAAGCACGCAUAUUCUUGGAAAGUGAAGCAUCAAGGUCUCUUAAUCAAGACUAUAUCAUGCCAUUCAUUAACCAUAAAAAGUCACGCCAUGAUAUCAGCUUGGAUGUAGAUACAGAGCUAUUCAGGAAAUUAGUGGAUUGCCGUGAUACAUGGACACCUGGACGAUCCACACAUGAAAAAUGGAUUACAAAUCUUGUUUGCAGUAUUUUGCAAACUUUUGAUGCUGAGAAAAACUUUUUACCGCAUUUAAUACCUGUCUGCAGAGUAAAGGUGUCCUUAUGUGAAGCGGUGCUCCCGUACCUGUUAGAUUUGGUACUUGCAGGCAAGGAAAAAGUAUGCAGCUCUAUUGUCAUACACCACUUACAGCAUUUCUUCAAAGAGCACUUCCAAAAGCACUUGCAGUUAGUUAAGAAGUUAAAUACACUGUCGGAAAUGAGAACAGAUAUUUCAGGACCAGAGUUUAAAUUACAAGUGAUUAUGAAUAGGGCAUCAGUGCAAUGUAUGCUUGAUGUAGUGCACUUUUUAAGAAUGAGAAGGCAUGCUCAACAAAGGAUAAGUGGUGUGGUAAUUGAGCUGGACUUUCUCCAUAUUUCGUUAGCAGCUCAGUUUUGUUCUGCAUAUUUUACUUCAAUCUUAUAUGCCGAAUUAUGGUGUCACGAAAAGCUGGGUGAGUGGAGCUGUGGACACCAGAAAAUGGAGUGCCAAGUGGGGAAAUCAGGAAAUUUCCAACAUAUUCUUCUGUUUGAGUUCAGUAGAGGAGUGACAGCAAUGCAGGCAGCCAGAAACAUUUGUACCACAUGUGGGGAUAAUGCCACUAGACAGAGCAUGUCAAGAAAAUUAUUUUCUGAUUUACAAGAGGAUCGUUUUGACAUUAGUGACUCUCCACAUUCAGGAAGACCUUUGGGGUUUGAUGAAGAUCAUUUAAAUGCAUUAAUCAACAAUGAUCCAAGUCAGUGUACUCGAGAACUGGCAAAUAUGAUGAACUGCGAUCAUUCCACUACCGUAUGGUGUUUGCAUGCUAUUGGGAAGGUUCAAAAAUUGGGUGCCUGUAUACCACAAGCUCCAAGCCAAAAUCAAAACAAUAGUUCAAAAACAUCAUCUACACAAUGUUUUCGACAUAUACUCAUACUAGCAUCACCCAUAUGUGUCUUAAAAACUUUUCCUCAAAAUGUGAAUAAAAAUGUUCCCCAUGCCAAAAUACUAAUAACCUCAAAUUCAUCAGGUUGUCUGCCAAUGAACCUACUAAGAUUUUCAAAAACAAUGUCACAAACCUUAUCUUCAGCGACAUUAAUGUACAUAUUACAAACAUCAAAUGUUGUCAUUUCAGUACCUACUGGGAUUCACUCUGGUCUCCUUAAACUAGUAAUACAAUUUAAGAAACCUACAAUAAAUUUUCAAGUUUAUAACCUACACCACCUUAUUUUAGUUUCUUUUAGUGCUUUCUGUAGUUCAUCAGAAUACUUUUUUGUUUACUUCUCUGAAAGAAACUAUAGUGCUUUGCUCAUCAAAGAGCUCAUUCAAAGAUUUUUAGCCCCAGGCUACUGUUAUCUGCUCAAUUCUACCAUUUUCAAUCCCACUGAGAGUAAGCUGAAAUGCAACCAAUACAUUACCCAUGCACAUGCAAUUCUGACAAGUAAUAAAAAUCGUCCCAGAGAAAAACCACUUACAAGUGUUAAGAAGAAAGUGCUACAACCAAUGCUGUGCUUCAUUUCUGUUGUUCCCCACUAUUUUUACAAAAAUUUGCAAAAUGCAUCUUGGAGUGCUGGAGAUCGUAUUGAUGAAACAAUGUCAUUAGAUCAGCAUGACCCCUCAAAACUGUAUUUAAAAUGUACAAGAUACUGUCACUUACUAUUUGUAAAUAAAAUAAGUAGUAUUGAAUAUAUAACAGAAGUCUGUUGCACGCGAUUUACUAUUCUCAAUUCACAACUAAUUAUUAAAAAAGGCUUUAGAGCUAAAUAUCUUCAAACAGACAAUUCGUUGGUGUUAUCAGUAGUAGUUAACCACUCAGCUGUACUCACACACAUUCUGUUGGAGUAUUGCUGUACUUGCAGAAAUCAGAAGCCUUCCGGCAAUUUCCAUAUUGCUUUGUUAGGCAUAUAUCCUCUUUUGCUAAUUGCCGAGACUCUGUCAACAUCUCCCAUGGACACAGACAAGAUGUCUCUGCUUGAAAGUAUAUGUCGGAAUGAUAAGGAAAAUGGACAAAUUCUGCAGCAUAUUCUGUGGGAGGCUUAUACAAAGAUAGGGGAUUCUGAUGCAGUGUAUGGAUGCUGGCCGUCCAACACUCUAGACUAUCAGAGCUGUAUUCAACAUUUAAAGCUUAAAGCAAAAUGGGAUCGUGUCCUUCAAGCACAUGACCUGGAAUUGUGCUCUGGAAAUAGUGAGACAGUGCCCGGUCUGCUGAAUGCGUUACAGAAAUUUGGGCUUCAUCAUGUAAUGGAUGGCUAUAUUUGUUCAUCAUUUGUUCGUGAGCACCUUCCAGUCCAAAAAGUACAAAACUAUUACUAUGACUGUGCCUGGCGUUUAGCAAACUGGAAUACUGAUAUAUAUUUUUCUGACGCAUCUACAGAAUGUUUUCAAGUAGAGAGUGAUAUUCAAAAAGAGUUACAUCCUGGAAGCUAUGAGAAAUAUCAUUAUUUGGCUAUGAAUGCUAUCCAAAACUUGGAUGAAGAUGCCUUUAAGAAGAAUUUGCGACAUGCACGUAGUUGUGUAGUAGAGUCGUUAGCUCAUGCUAGUCUUGAAACUAGCAAAUUCCUCUAUACAGUACUUUCACAGUUAAGAGCACUACAAGAAAUGGAAGAUUUCUUUGAAGUUAUAAGUGAAAAUGAUUCUAAAAAUGUUGAUCAUCUUCUUAAAAAGUGGAAUCAGCAAAACCUCAUUCAGUACAAUGACUUUGAUAAUGUAGAGCCAAUACUGACACAGAGAAUUGUAAUGUUGAAGACCAGUGCAAGAAAAGGAUUGGUCAAUCCGUACUUUCAGAAAGUGAUUGUGAAUUUAAGUCUAGACAUAGCAGCACUUGCAAGAACUGAAAAACAUUUUCAAGUAGCAGCUCAUUAUGUUCAGUCUUUGUCAGCUAUGUCCUCCCUGCCACCUGAAACAGCUGUUAAUCUGAAAAUUGAAGAAGCAAGAUUAUUAUGGGACAGAGAUGAUAAAGAACUGGCUCUUUGCAUUCUGAAAGGAUUGCUCAGUAAACCAGGAAAUAGCAAGGGAAAGUGGCAUGCAUUGUCACUUAAGUUAUAUGGUGACUGGAUGGUAGAAACAAAGUCUGAAAAUGCACAAGUAAUUAUGAGUGAUUAUUUUUUCAAGGCUCUAGAAACACUAGACAGUAAUGAGAAUGGAAUUACUGAAGCUAAGAUAGAAACAUAUUGGUCAAUUGCUAGUUUUGCUGACACUCAGUAUCAACAGCUUAGCUGUUAUUUCAAAUCAGCUGAAUAUGAAGUGAAACAAAAGUACUUGGAGAAAGCAUUAAAUGAUGUUGAACGUUUAAAACAACAAGCAAGAGAGGGUGGUACCUUGAAUGAAGAUGAGAAGAGAGCAUACAGAAUGCAUGAGCGCCAGACACAAAUUGAUCGUGCAGAAAUUGCAAACAGAAGAAAGGAAAUGGACAUGUAUCUUACAACAGCCAUAAGAUACUAUAUUCUGGGACUGGAAUGUGAUGAUACACAUGAUUUACGAGUAUUUCGAGUGGCACAUCUGUGGUUAGAAAACACAUUACACAAUGACCUAAAUGCAGUCCUGAAUGAAAGUCUAUUUAGAGUGCCAAGUUAUAAGUUCUUGCCACUCCUUCCACAAUUAAUACCACAUAUGAGUCACAUGGAAGAUACUUUCUCCAGAAAAAUUAAUAUGUUAAUAGAACAAUGUGCAGUUGACCAUCCUCAUCAUUCAUUGCAGCAGAUAUUGGCUUUGUCAAACUCACACAAAGAUAAAGAAAUCUGUGGAGUUGACAUGCAGUCAGUAAUAUAUGAGCCCCGUGUUAUUGGUGCACAACAGUUGGUGGAGAGGCUGAAAAAAAGUUCUGAUAAUAUUGCACCUCUACUUCAACAAAUGGAAAAAGUAGCAGCAGCACUGAUUAGCCUUGCAUAUUACAGCCCAAAAGACAACAGUAAAACUGGUCAAAUUCCAAGAGGGGAGCUUCUAACUAAGUUAAAGAACUGUGAUACUGUACUAGUACCAACACUGACAAUUCCAGUAAAGCCUAAUUGUCAAUACAGCAACAUUAUUGGUAUUGCAGGAUUUGAAAAAACUUAUCAGAUGGUGGGUGGAGUGAAUGCACCAAAAAAAAUUGUAUGCAUUGGAACAGAUGGCAUUAAACGACCUCAGCUAGUGAAGGGUAGAGAUGAUCUCCGACAGGAUGCUGUAAUGCAACAGGUGUUUACAAUGAUGAACACAUUUCUCAGAAGAAAUAAAGAAACUUCAAAGAGAAAACUACUAAUGAGAACAUACAAGGUCGUCCCUCUAUCACAAAGAAGUGGUAUAAUUGAAUGGUGUGAUAAUACAGAAGUUUUAGCUAUAUAUUUAAUUGGUUCAGAUCUAAAAACAGGCGCCCACAGGCGAUAUUAUCCAUCUGAUUUCUCAGGCCUUGCAUGCAGGAAAAAAAUGAAGGAUGUGGCCUCAGAAUCCAAUGAGAAAAAGCUGGAGGUAUAUAAGGAAAUUUGUAAGUCAUUUCGCCCAGUGCUACAUAAAUUUUUUCUGGAAUAUUUUCCAGCACCAAGCAUAUGGUUUGAACGAAGACUUGCAUAUAUCCACAGUGUUGCCACAUCAUCCAUGAUAGGUUAUAUUUUGGGUUUAGGAGACAGACAUGUAAACAACAUACUGAUUGACAAGCAGACAGCAGAGGUGAUACAUAUUGAUUUUGGUAUUGCUUUUGAAAUGGGACGCAUACUGCCAACACCAGAAACUGUACCUUUUCGACUUACUAGAGAUAUUGUUGAUGGAAUGGGGGCAUCUGGAGUUGAAGGCGUUUUCAGGAGAUGUUGUGAAAAAACAAUGUCUGUGCUGCGUCAAAAUCAAGAAACUAUAUUAACAAUACUGGAGGUUUUACUGUAUGACCCAUUGUACUCAUGGUCAGUUACACCGAAGAAAGCCUACAAUCUACAGUCCAAUUCAGGAUCACUGGGAGAUGAAACUGAUGCUGGGGAAGAAACUUCAAAUGAGGUGAAUAAAAUGGCAGAGAGAGCUUUACUUCGGCUGAGACAAAAGCUGCAUGGUACUGAAGAAGGGAGUGCUAGUAGUAUUGCUGGUCAAGUGAACCAUCUCAUUCAGCAAGCUAUAGAUCCAGUGAACCUAAGUCGCCUGUAUAAUGGGUGGCAACCUUAUCUGUGAGACUCUGCCUAAAAUAAUUGUAUCAUAAUAUAACUGGAGAACACUCUUUUUUCAAGUGUGUUUUGUUUUGUCAAUAAUAUAUUACUGCUAAAGAUGAACCAAUCAUCAUGAAAGCAGUGUUUAAAUAUGUAUGUUAUUGUGAAGAAAUAAGAACUGUGAUAUCAAAAAUUUGCCUGUUAAUAGACAAGAGCAGUUUUACAUCUGUGAAAUACUCAUAAGAUAAUAAAUUCUUAUUUUUUUAUAAAAA